AUGAAUUACACAGCCAACAGUACAUAUCAAACCAAUCUCAAUCUCUUACUCUCAUCUCUGGCAACUACAUUCACAGACACCAACACUAUCUCUCGGUAUCGUUACCGUAACAUUACAAUCGGAAGAAAUCCAAAUACUGUUUAUGGAUCCUUACACUGCCGUGAAGAUAUUGCACCGGCUAUAUGUGCAGUAUGUGUUCAGAUUGCUGCUGAAAGGGUUACGCAAGAUUCCGGGUGUCCAAGUAAAAAAACAGCCAUUCUUUUCUACAACGGAUUUAUUUUAAGGUAUUCAGAUGAGAAUUACUUCUCCAUCUUGAAUGAAGAACCAUCCGUUGUCUUAGUGUUUGUGGAUAAUAGUAUUGCAAACCAAGUCGGGUACAUAGACUUAGUAACUGGACUACCGGAUGAUUUAGUUAUUGAAGCUGUUACUAAUACUUCUAUUAGUCCUUCUUUAUACGCUACUGGUUCAGCAAAUUACAAUACAUCUAACCAAGUUUAUGCAAUGGUUCAGUGUACACCAGACUUGGCACCAACUCUCUGUAGUAAAUGUCUUAGAUCAGCUCUUGGGAAAUUACCUUCUGGUGCCCAAGGGGCAAGUAUACAACUCGAGAAGCAGUCGAGUUGCAAACCAAGGGUAUAUUACCCAAUGGAGAAGCAGUCGCUGUCAAAAGACUUUCUAAAAACUCAAGCCAAGGAGAAACUACUCGUGUACGAGUUAAUGGAUGCAAGUCUAGACCAUUUCAUAUUCGAUACUGUGAAACGAAUGCAUUUAGAUUGGGAAAAACGAUACAAGAUUAUUGGAGGAAUUGCUAAAGGUCUUCUUUAUCUUCAUGAGGAUUCUCGGCUCAGGAUAAUUCAUCGAGAUCUCAAAGCUAGCAACAUAUUAUUAGCCGAAAAUAUGAUUCCAAAAAUUUCAGAUUUUGGAAUGGCUAGGCUUUUUAAGGUGGAUCAAAGUCAAGCUAAUACAAGCAGAGUUGCAGGAACAAUUGGGUAUAUGGCUCCAGAAUAUAUGCGACAUGGACAAUUUUCUGUAAAAUCAGACGUUUAUAGUUUCGUUGUCCUAGUUCUCGAGAUUCUUAGCGGAAAAAAGAUCACAUGUCGUUAUGUACUGGCCACAGGAGGCGCUCAAGAUCUUCUGACUUAUACAUGGAGGCAUUGGCAUAAAGGAACAGCUUUAGAACUGUUAGAUUCAAGUUUCAAAGAUCGUUGUUCAAGAACCGAAGCAAUGAAAUGUAUCCACAUUGCCCUUUUAUGUGUUCAAGACAGCAUUGUUGAUAGACCUACCAUGUCCACGGUCAUCUUAAUGCUUAGCAGCAACUCCAUGACUUUCCCAUUACCUACACAACCUGCAAAUUUUGUGCCCGACCAAGCAGUGGCAGAGGAGACAUGGAAAGACAAUGAGGCAUCCGUUUCUGAAUUGGAUCCUCGUUAA